CUCGUUGCCAUAGACUACAUCCACCGCCAUAAGUUGGGGUAGAAGUUUUGUAACAAAAACAAGAAUCCAAAUAUUUAGCACCGAGCUAGCGGUAUACAAGAAGACGAAGAUGCCGCACACGAAAGCAGCCAUGAAGGCAAAGCAGAGCAUAGCUCCUGGCCUAGCUGGUGACAUUCCUCGUCGCAGAAUAACUCGAGUGAGGGAGGGAGAUGAUGGCACUGACAUGGGCGAUGGAACGGAUGCAGAUGACUGGACACAGUCCCGAACUCUCGUGAAGCCUGAUGAUCAGUUGGAAUUAAGUGAAACUGAACUGAAAGAGGAGUUUACUCGAAUUCUGACAGCCAACAAUCCCCAUGCUCCACAGAACAUUGUCCGGUACAGCUUCAAGGAGAGACAGUUCAAGCAGACGUCCAGUGUUGACCAGCUGGCUAUUCACUUCUCACUGGAUGGAAACAUGUUACACAAGGAGUCAGACGAGGCGAGACGUCAGAGGGAGAGAAUGGGACUACAAGAUGCUGCCAGUGAGCCUACGAUCAGUGAGGAGCAGGAGGAGAAGCCGGCUGGUGCAGCGGCGGGGGCCGAGGGCGAGGAAGAUGAACAACAGAAGGUGAAAGAUGAACAGGCAGAUGAGGUUGCUUCACCGACACCCGUUGUGAAAGAGCCGGCGAAAAAACUCACCAACCAGUUUAACUUCAGCGAGCGGGCCUCGCAGACUUACAACAACCCAUACCGAGAUCGAGGAACUGUGACGGAGCCACCCCCCAGGGCUAACUUCUCUUCCAAUGUUUCACAGUGGGAGAUCUUUGAUGCAUAUCAGGAAGAUUUUGACAAACAGGAGAAACACAAAGAAAAGAAGAUUGUUCAUGGCCGCAAAGAAGAAGAAAAAACCAGGAAGAAAUUAACCAUUACAGAGACUCAGAGUGAUGACAUAUCUCGAGUUGCCACAGCGUCAAAGAUUGUUGAGCGCAUGGUUAACCAGAACACAUUUGAUGACAUUGCUCAGGAUUUCAAGUACUGGGAGGAUGUUUCCGACGAGUAUCGGGAUCAGGAAGGAACACUGCUCCCUCUGUGGAAGUUCUCUCACGAGAAAGCCAAGAAGCUAGCCGUCACAUCCCUCUGCUGGAACCCCAGAUACAACGACCUUUUCGCAGCUUCCUUUGGAUCAUAUGAUUUUAUGAAACAAGGAAAUGGGAUGCUGCUUUUCUGGUCACUGAAGAAUCCCUCCUACCCGGAAUCUGUUUAUGAGACUGACAGUGGAGUUAUGUGCCUUGACGUGCAUGUUGAACACCCCUACCAGGUGGCAGCCGGUUUCUACGACGGCAGUGUUGCUGUGUUUAACAUUGUGGAAAAGAAAGAUGGGCCAGUGCACCGAUGCACUGCCAAAAAUGGCAAACACACAGAUCCUGUUUGGCAGGUUCGAUGGCAGAAAAACGAUGCUGACAACAAUAUGAAUUUCUUCUCCAUUUCUUCUGAUGGGCGAAUUGUUCACUGGACUAUAAUUAAAAACGAGAUGAUUUAUGAAGACAUCAUUCAGCUGACGUUACCAGAUGAGCCAGCAGAAGGACCUGACGGAAUCAAGGUCCCCACUGUUGGCUGCGGCACGGCGUUUGACUUCCACAAGCAGAAGGACUACCUGUUCCUGGUGACCACCGAGGAAGGCAAGGUGCACCUGUGCUCGAAGGCGUAUACAAGUCACUUCAUCGACUCGACAGACGCCCACAACAUGGCUGUGUACAAGGUGGCGUGGAACUGUUUCCACCCCAACAUCUACAUAACAUGCAGCGCAGACUGGAAUGUCAAGAUCUGGGAGAUGGGCAGCAAGAUGGACAAGACUGGCGACGGGGCAGACUCAGGCCAGAAAAAGCCUCUGUUUUCAUUUGAUCUGAAUAACUGUGUUGGAGACGUGGCCUGGGCUCCCUACUCAUCCACUGUGUUCGCAGCUGUAACCUCCGAUGGCAAAAUAUUUGUGUAUGACUUGAAUGUCAACAAGUACGAACCUCUGUGUGAGCAGAUGGUUGCCCAGAAGAAGAAGACGAAACUCACUCACAUAGCCUUUAAUCCCGUCCACCCCAUCGUUGUCGUGGGUGACGACAGGGGAAAUAUUAUAAGUUUGAAGCUUUCGCCAAAUCUCCGGAAACAGCCAAAGGAAAAGAAGGGACAACCUCCCAUGGAUGCAGCAACCAGAGUCCAGUAUGAGGUUGCCAAGUUGGACAAGAUCUUGUCGAUUGUCCGCGAGCCUGAUUCAACAACAAAGGGAUCAUAAACUGUGUGUUAAAGAAUACAAUAGAAAAUUACAGACAUUUUUAAUAAAAAAAGGUGGCACAUAAUUAAUUAAUUAAUUAAUAAGGAGAUAUGGUGCAGCCAUGAAAGAAAGGUAAAGAAGAAAUUACUUACAAAGAGACGUGUCAAGACGGAAAUACUUUUCCUUUUUCAGUUUGGGUGCAUUGGGAGAUACUUAAUUAAACUUUCUUGUCAUAUUUCUCCUGACCACGAACUCUAGUGCAAUUUCCCCUUCAUAUGACCAAAGGCUUGAUCCACCAAAUUACUACUGGUUCUAGGUUCGAUGUGGUCAAUUAUAUGGUGGGAAAACUGCAGUCAGGACUUUUAGACUGCAUCAAAGUCAAAACGGUACAGGGCGUACCCAAAAUAAAUACACCCAAAAUAACUACAAACAUAUCGACUACUAAACAAUUUCAGCUCAAAAACUACUGAAAUAUUCAGCUGAAAUUACCUUGAAGUCAUUCAGAACUGCAUUUCUGAACAUUACAACCCUUCAAAUCACUUCCAUUUCAUAUACUCAGUUAAUUAGAUUCGUGUGCUCCUUGAAGAUCUGCUAUGUUCAGAACAAUACAAAUAUUUGUGUUGUGCCAAAAUUAGUGAAAUCUAAAGCCCUGGCAGUAUUAUUAGAAAUCCAAAUACAUGCUCGUCUUCAGAAAAGAAAACAUUUCUUUAAUGUUUUGUUUACAUAUCGGUAUAAAACAAAAUAAUUGCGAUAUUGGGGACAAGUUUCAUUUAUUUUGAACUGAAGUAAAAUUGAAUAUUCGUAUACAGUAGAAUGCACAGAUUUAUUGUUUGUUGUGUUUUUGUUUGUAAAGAAAAAAAAAAUUACCUGUUCAAAUGUGUUUUCAUUUCUUACCAUCUGUUUGUAAACAGCUGUCAAUAGCUGGGCAAUUCAGAUGUGAGGAAAUUAAGUUAUUAAACAUAAAAUAUUUACUACUUAUUUUGUUCUCUAUAAUCUUUUACAAGCUGCUGUUUGAUUGAAAUAAUCAUACAACUGCC